AUGUUAGCCACCCUCACCCAUACAUACACCACCAGCAAAGCAAUGAGCCUCUUCACCGUAAACUCUCACAACACUCUCCCUUUGUUUUCGCCACUUCAGACCCACAAAAAAACCAUCUUUACCAUUACUAAGCACAGCAAUUUUCUCUACCCUGGUUUGCUUUGCUUCAAUCUCUUUAAUAACCCGAAAAAUCUGAUUCCGAAGGCGGUUGUUGGAAGUUCAAUAAGAGAAGACAAGGUCGUGGAUGUUAAGGAUGCUGCAUUGCUGGUUUCGACUUGCAUUACGCGUAAUUUACCUCCGGCGUUAACUUUAGAGCAAGGAUUAGAUAAGAUUAAGGAGGCCGUGAAUGAAUUGAAAUCAAAGCCUCCUAGUUGUUCUAGUGGGAUGUACAGAAUUCAGGUUGCUGUGCCUCCAAGUGAAAAAGCAUUUCGUUGGUUUUGCUGUCAACCAGAGUCAUCAACAGUGUUUCCUCUAUUUUUCCUUUCAAAAGAGAUGGAGAAUCCAACAUAUAAAUCACUUGCAUUGGGUAUAACUCGAGGUGUUUUUGGUAUUGGUUCAGCUGUCAACUUCAAGGGGUGUUUUUCUUGUGGUUCAGGACAACGCACUUCCAUUCAGAGAUAUCUUCCAGUCGAAUCAACAGCGUCAAUGGCUUAUGGUUUCUUAGACAUCAAGUUUGACACAAUGUUAUCUUCCAUGAAGCAUGAGACGGGCACAUUUUACCUUUUCAUUCCACAGAUUGAGUUAGAUGAAUAUGAGGAUAUCUCUAUAUUAGUUGCAACACUGGCAUGGAAUGACUCUUCAAUUUGUACAUUCAGCGAGGCAGUUCAAUCAUUUGAGUUAUCUUUUGACCAGGUCAGACACUGUAGCAGUGAAUGCAUGCGCCGUGCUCUUAUAAAGUUUGACACAAUGGAGGAGACUAAAGUCAACAUGGUAUGCGUGAAUGCGCUCUUGCUAGAUGGAAGGGAUACUGAAGCCAGCACUAUGGAACUGGUAUCUCCUAUAUCCUGUUUUAAGCGGCCAUAUUGCUCACAGAGAGACGUUUCACUUUGUUCCAGUCAGUUUUCUGCCAGACUUUCACCAACUUUAGCUAUUUCCAAUAAAAUGCAUCAUAGAGAUUACAAUCAAAUGAGCUUCUUCAAGCAAGAUUGCCCCAACAUCAAUGCCUUGUGGGCGUCACUUAUAGUGGAAGAAUGCACUCGACUUGGUUUGACGUAUUUUUGUAUAGCUCCUGGAUCAAGGUCAUCUCCGCUUUCAGUUGCUGCUUCUAGUCAUUCCCAUACGAGUUGUAUUGCAUGCAUUGAUGAGCGGUCACUUGCAUUUCAUGCUCUUGGUUAUGCCAGAGGUUCUCAAAAACCGGCGGUCAUUAUAACAUCAUCAGGAACAGCAGUCUCGAAUCUUCUUCCUGCUGUUGUGGAGGCUAGCCAAGAUUUUGUGCCACUUCUGUUACUUACAGCAGACCGGCCACCAGAGCUUCAAGAUGUCGGGGCAAACCAAGCAAUUAAUCAGGUCAAUCAUUUUGGUUCAUUUGUGCGGCAUUUUUUCAGUCUUCCUGCACCUACUGAUGAUAUUUCAGCAAGGAUAGUACUUACCAGUAUUGACUCUGCUGUAUAUAUGGCAACCUCGUCACCACAUGGUCCUGUACAUAUCAACUGCCAUUUCCGAGAACCACUGGAGAAUAGUCCACGGAUGUGGAUGCGUAGCUGUUUAGAUGGAUUAGAUUUUUGGAUGUUGAAUACUGAACCAUUUACCAGCUAUAUUCCAUUACAACAUUCUAUGACCUGUGAUAAUAUGUAUGGGCAUAUUGGUGAAGUUCUGAAGCUGAUUCAAGGGGCAAACCGAGGGCUUUUACUUUUUGGUCCGAUUCACAAAGUGGAUGACAUAUGGGCAGCUCUUCUAUUGGCUAAACACCUUUUGUGGCCAGUUGCAGUAGACAUCCUGUCGGGCUUACGUUUGAGAAAGUACUUCUCAUCCUUUCUCGACAGCAAGGACAUUUUGUUUGUUGAUCAACUUGAUCAUUUGUUACUCUCAGAUUCUUUCAAGGAUUGGAUGCAGGUUGAUGUAAUAAUCCAGAUUGGAAGUCGGAUAACAAGCAAGCGCAUAUCUCAGAAGCUGGAGCAUAACUUUCCUUGCCCAUAUAUAUUGGUUGACGAGCAUCCAAGUCGUCAUGAUCCUUCACAUAUUGUGACACACAGGAUCCAGAGUACCAUCACCCAGUUCUGUGAUUGUUUGAUUAAAACUUGUACACCACACAUUAGUAAUAAAUGGAGAGGGUUUCUACGAGGAUUGGACAUGAUGGCUUCCUGGGAGACAUCAUUUUUGAUUGGUUCAGAAAACUCAUUGACUGAACCGUACGCUGCUGGGAUAAUACUUCAAGCCCUUCGCUGUGAAUCUGCUCUUUUUCUGGGAAACAGCAUGCCAAUACGUGAUGCAAACAUGUAUGGCUGUAACUGGGCUCCAUGUACUCAUAGUACUUAUCCUAUGUUUAGCUCUGGAUUACCAUGUCACUGGAUACAGGUUGGUGCAAAUCGUGGAGCUAGUGGCAUUGAUGGGUUAAUUAGCACUGCCAUCGGAUUUGCAGUUGGCUGCAGCAAACGGGUUCUUUGUGUGAUUGGAGAUGUUUCAUUUCUGCAUGAUACCAACGGAUUGGCACUAUUGAAACAAUGGGUUCGCCGGAAACCGAUGGUCAUAGUUGUGAUAAACAAUCAUGGUGGCGGAAUCUUCAGUCAACUUCCAGUUGCAAACGUUACGGAAAGAAGUAUUCUAGAUCAGUUUUUCUACACAUCUCAUGAUGUCUCAAUCCAGAAUCUAUGUGCAGCACAUGCUGUGAAGCAUGUACAGGUGCAGACGAAAAUUGAACUACAAGAUGCUUUGUUCACAUCUCAGCAUGAAGAUGUUGAUUGCAUCAUCGAAGUUGAGAGCUGCAUUGAUGCCAAUGCCACCUUUCAUAGUAAUUUAAGAAAAUUUGCUCAACAAGCAUCAGAUCAUGCUUUAAAUAUCCUCUCAAAGCUUUCGGUUACAGAUUCCACAUUCCAGGAGCACGUGAUUUACAAAAUCAUUAACAUGGAAUACUCUCUAUAUCGAGUUCAGCUAAACGCCCCACCUACUUCAGCUUCUCGCAGUACCAACACUACCACAUUCUACAGAGAAGGAUAUGUUAUAACACUGGCUCUUGAAGAUGGAAGCACUGGAUUUGGGGAGGUUGCUCCUCUUGAAACCCACAGAGAGAACUUGCUGGACAUCGAAGAGCAACUUCAGUUUCUUAUUCAUGUCAUAGAAGGAACUACAAUCGAUUACACGCUACCUCUAUUGAAGGGUUCGAUUUCUUCUUGGUUAUGGAACAGUUUAGGAAUCCUGCCAGGUUCAAUCUUACCCAGUGUCAGGUGCGGAUUAGAGAUGGCUCUCCUCAGUGCAAUUGCCGCAAGAGGAGGUUGCAAUCUAUUGGAUGUUCUUCGUCCAAAGAGAGAAGAAUUCUCCAGGGGUCCAUCAGAUGUUCCAAUUUGUGCCCUUAUUGACUCUUAUGGAAGUCCCGCAGACACAGCUUUUGUUGCAUCUGCUCUAGUUGAAGAAGGAUUUACUGCAAUAAAGAUAAAAGUAGCACGUAGGGCAGAUCCUUUUGAAGAUAUUGCUGUAAUACAAGAGGUGAGAAAGAAUGUGGGUCAUCAUAUUGUAAUCCGUGCUGAUGCAAAUCGGAAAUGGACCUAUAGUGAAGCAAUUCAGUUCGCACAUUCAGUAAAAGAUUGCUGCUUACAGUAUAUUGAGGAGCCUGUUGAAGAUGAAGAUGAUAUAAUCAAAUUCUGUGAAGAGACUGGCUUACCCGUGGCACUGGAUGAAACUAUCAACUAUAGUAGAGACAGCCCUCUUGAGGUCCUCAAGAAAUUCACCCACUCUGGAGUAGCCGCUGUCGUUAUCAAACCGAGCAUUAUUGGAGGUUUUGAAACUGCAGCUGUGGUUGCACGAUGGGCUCAGCAUCAUGAGAAGAUGUCUGUUGUCAGUGCUGCAUUUGAAACUGCUGUGGGUUUGUCUGCAUAUAUUCAAUUUGCCCGUUAUUUGGACCUGCAAAAUGCUGAUAUUUGUAGAUUAAUGAGUAGGAAACCUGAUUUAUCUAUAGCCCACGGUCUUGGAACUUACCGGUGGUUUCAAGAAGAUGUGACAGUGGAGCCUCUAAAUAUCUCUGUAGCAGCGUCUGUUAUUGAUGCUGGUCGAUUCCUCCAGCAAUGCCAAAUCAAUCCCAAUAUGGUGGUUAAAACUUCUGCUCAGUCACAAGUUAGGAAAUAUCCAUUAACAGUUAAUGCAGACGGUGUCUCCUUUUCUCUAAAUAUUCUUGAAAUUGGGAAAAGCAUCGAUGAUACUGUAGUUGUGUUUCUUCACGGCUUUCUUGGAACUGGUGAAGAUUGGAUCCCUAUCAUGAAGGCCCUCUCAAGCUCAAUCAGAUGCAUUGCAAUUGACCUUCCUGGCCAUGGUGGAUCGAAGUUGCUUGAUGUUUCACAAGGACAAAGUUUGUCGAUGGAUUUAGUUGUCAAUAUGUUAUGCAAAGUCCUUCAUGAUCUUACUCCUGGGAAGGUUGUUCUUAUGGGGUACUCGAUGGGAGCAAGGAUCUCUUUAUGCAUGGCCCUUAAAUGCAGUAAUAAGGUUGAAGGAGCCGUCAUAAUUUCUGGAAGCCCGGGUUUGAUAGAUCCAGAUGCUAGAACAAGUCGCAGGGCUAAAGAUGAUUUCCGAGCCUCCUCCCUUGUUUCAAAUGGCUUAGAAUUUUUUCUAGAUACUUGGUAUUCUGAAGAAUUGUGGACUAGUUUAAGAAGCCAUCCACACUUCAUGCAAAUAGUUGCUAACCGUUUGCAGCAUGAUGACUUGCACACUCUUGCUAAAGUUUUAUCUGAUCUGAGCAUCGGAAGGCAACAACCCAUGUGGGAAGAUCUGAAGAACUGCACAUUACCUCUUCUGCUUGUCGUUGGAGAAAAGGAUAUUAAAUUCAAGAAGAUUGCUUGGGAAAUGUACUCGAAAAUGAGCGAUGUAACUAAGAAUACUGACUUUCCAACAAUUAUUGAAAUUCCAAAUUCUGGACAUGCUGUACAUCUUGAGAAUCCCCUUGCUGUGAUAGCUGCUUUGUUUUUGGAUGACAUAUUUAUUGCUCUACUUUUUAGUUGUGUUAUGCCUUUUCUCUUGUAUGUCUUUGUACUGCUGUUUGGAAUACAUGAAUAUGGUUCUGUUACAGGUGCUAAUUCUGUUAUUCCUUUUGAGGCUAAUUUGUGUUUCGUGUUCUUGUUUAAUCCUGUGUGUUGUUUCCUCGAUACAAUAAAGGAACAUUUUGUUCUGUGUACUGGAUAA